GGUGUUCCUGGAGUGCACGUUAGUUAGGACCCUCGAGGCGUUGUGGUUACCGCUGUAUGCUUAGCGCGCACGCAUCUGGUUUUACAUUCGUUCAACAAGUACUGAGCGCUCCCUUUGGGCCAGACCCUCGGUCAGGUGCAGAGAUACAGUAAAGAACAAAACAGACACGAUCCCAACCUCUGGGAGCUUGUAUUUUAGUUGAGGAGACACAGUAAACAAACGAAACAAUUACAGAUGAGGCUGUGAUUGAGAAAAGCGGAGUGGGGGAGGGGCCCCUAUGGAUUAGGGAUUCAGGGAAGAUCUUAAAGCAGAGACUGGGCAACGUGUUCCAGGCAGAAGGAGGCAGUGCAAAGGGCAAGCAGGAAAGCCUGGCUUGGGCUAGGAUGGGAACACUGGCUAAAUAGUGAGGUCACUCAGGUAGCCAGGGACUUUGUAGGUCUUGGUAAGAGGUUUGGAAAUUUAGAGUUACGUUUUGGACAUAGUAAAUGACUUACCCGAGAGACAGUCAGGUGAAGGAGUAAAUAAACACUUGGAUAAGAGUUUGACACUUAGGGGAGUGAUAUGGGUCAGGAAAGUGGCCCAUGGAUUUAGAAAUAAGUUUGGACAUCAUCAUCAUCAUCAUGUAGAUCGUAAAACCGUGAGAUGACCGUGAGAUGACUAGGAAGACCCUGUAGAGAAAGCACCCAGGGCCAACAUUUAGAAGCUGGAUAGGGAAGGAAGAGCUGGAAAAACUCAGAAGAAAGUGGUAUCAUAGAGGCCAAGAUUGUUUCACGAAGCAGGAGGUUGUCAGCUGUUUCAGAUACUGUUGACUCUCAAGAGAGAUGAGACCUGAAAAGUGACCGUUGGAUUGAGUGACCUGGAAGUUGCAGAUACACGUGGAGACCCCCAGAGUGCCUCCUUACCUUCAGAACGAGUGUUCUCGAUGCCCUUGCCCAGGAAAGCCUCUCUCAGUAUUCCUGAUACCCCAGUCCUUAAAGACUUUCCUCAGAAUGACGAUGAAAAGGAGCGACUGCAGCGGAGGCGCUCCAGGGUCACUGACCUGCAGUUAAAUGCCGACUCGCCUCAUUUCCUAGCCUCCCCCUCCAGCAGGAAUAUUGAUGUUUCAGCUACGAUUCCUAAGUUUACAAACACACAGAUUGCAGAGCAUUACUCCACCUGUAUCAAACUAUCCACUGAAAAUAAAAUCACUACAAAGAAUGCAUUUGGCUUGCACUUGAUUGAUUUUAUGUCAGAGAUUCUUAAACAGAAAGACACUGAACCGACCAACUUUAAAGUGGCUGCUGGCACUCUGGAUGCCAGCACCAAGAUCUAUGCUGUGCGUGUAGACGCCGUCCACACUGAUGUAUUCAGAGUCCUUGGGGGACUGGGCAAAGAUGUGCCGUCUCCGGAAGAAGUCGAGAGCCUUGGUGCAGAGGAAAGUGCUGCUGAAGCGGGAACAAUCAAAAAGGCUCCAAAGCCAAAGAAGAAGCACUCCUACAAAACCAUCGAGCAGAACGUAAGCAACCUCAACGUCUCCGAGGCAGAUCGAAAAUGUGAGAUUGAUCCCAUGUUUCAGAGGACUAUAGCCUCAUUCGAUGAGUGCAGCACAGCAGGCGUGUUUCUCUCCACCCUGCACUGCCACGACUACAGGAGUGAGCUGCUUUUUCCUUCCGAUGCCCAGGCUCUUUCCACUGAAGCACCUCCUGAGUUCCCAGAUUUAGGCUGGGUGGACAUGACGGAUUUAAAAGGGCCCCUGAAGCAGUGUGCGGAAAAUCGCCAGAUCUGCCCUUCCCUGGCGGGCUUCCAGUUCACCAAUUGGGACAGUGAAACACAUAAUGAGUCGGUGUCGGCCCUGGUAGACAAGUUUAAGAAGAAUGAUGAGGUAUUCGACAUCAAUGCCAAGGCAGAGGAGAGUGACUGCGGGGACUCCCUGAAGGGGCCCCUGGAGGACGACUUUGAUGCCAACGAUGAACCCGACCACACCACAGCUGGGGAUCCUGCAGAAGUCGGGAGCUCAGAGGAGCCCUGCCACAUUCAAAGCUGCCAGGAAGAAAUGAUUCCCCUUGGGGAUGGAGACAUUAGGACCAUGUGCCCUCUUCUAUCCAUGAGACCUGGAGAAUAUUCUUAUUUUAGUCCCCGUACCAUGUCACUGUGGGCUGGCCCGGAUCACUGGCGCUUUAGACCCCGACAUAAACAAGACGCUGCCUCACAAGUAGAGAACAGAAAGAAGAAUACAAAGAAAGAUUUUGAAAUCGACUUUGACGAUGAUAUUGACUUUGAUGUAUAUUUUCAGAAAACAAAGGCUGCUACUAUUCUGUCCAAGUCCACUUUGGAGAACCAGAGUUGGAGAGCCACCACUCUUCCUAUGGAUUUCCACUAUGAGACUGAUAAUCUUGUCCAGCUGCAUCUCAAACCAGGCACCAGGUUACUUAGAAUGGUCCAAGGCAAGAGGGCAGGGACCAUGCACUAUGAGGAAAUUGGAGACUAUGAUUACAACAACCCGAACGACACCUCCAACUUCUGCCCUGGAUUACAGGCUGCAGACAGUGAUUCUGAAGAGUCAGAUGACUUAUUUGUGGGACCAGUUGGGACCCUUGAUGUUACAGCUGAUCCUUGCCAUUCACCUAAGACAACACAGGAGAACGGUGACCUGCCUGAAGCCCAAGGAUUGGAUAUCACCACUUAUGGGGAGUCCAAUCUGGUGGCUGAGCCUCAGAAGGUAAAUAAAAUUGAAAUUCAGUACGCCAAGACUGCCAAAAAGAUGGACAUGAAGAAGUUGAAGCAGAGCAUGUGGAGUUUGUUGGCAGCCUCCUCGAAGCAAGCAGACGCAGAGGCAAACCACAGUGAAAAUGGAAAAGCAGGGGAGUUGGUGGAGGUGGCCAAUGGGAAGAGGCUCAGCGGGCUCACCAAGGACCUGCGGAAGAGCCUGCCUCCCGUCAUGGCUCAGAACCUCUCUGUACCUCUGGCCUUUGCCUGUCUCCUACAUUUAGCCAAUGAAAAGAAUCUAGAGCUGGAAGGAACCGAGGAUCUUUCCGAUGUUCUUGUGAGGCAAGAGGAUGAGUCCGCCGGUGAGCAGGUGGCAGCAGGGGGUUUGUCACCUCUUCACUGACCGGCACGUCUCCACUCUGGGUGCUGUGGUGUCAGGGCAUGUGGCGAGGCUGUAGCCACUGCCCAGGUGCCUCUGUCUGUCCUUCUCCCCUUCAUUCCUCCCGUCUAGGAACCAGUACCCUGAAGCUCUGACCUUGAGUAACAUCUCUCUCUUGGGGUGACCACCCAGGAGGGACGAGAGGGUGAGGACGCUGUGUUCACUCUUUGUAUCCAUGUCUAGUUUUCGUCUCCUAAGUUGACCUGUUUUUCUGCACACUUGACUCUUGUAGAAGAUGAUGUCCUAGGAGGCACUUGUCCUUUAGCAGCCACCUAAUCCGUGUACAUAAGGUAUAUCAUAGUACACUUAUAAAUGUAUGUAUACUGCUUAAGAAUAAAAUCAUGCUGAAAAAUAUGCUUGGCAAAAUAUUUGAGUGCCCACUAGGGAAGUGUUAGACCUGGUCCUUGUGCUUGAGGGGGAUGCAGUCUUGUUAGCUGGACAAGACACCCGCAUGUUGGUAUGAGGCAGGAAACGCUUAGGGGCUGAGAUGAUUCGUUUUGUAGCAGAGCGGAGGAGAGAAUUCACUGGCUGGGGAUUCAGAUUUUGAGAUUGGUGCAUUGGGCCUAUGAAUUCUGCUGGAGUGGGAUGGUAGUAAAAAUUGCUAACAUUUGUUAAGUGGUUACUAAGUAUCUUCUGUGGAUUACCUCAUUUAGCCUUUUCAGCAUCCCCAUGUGGAACAUAUCAUUAUCACUCCAUUUUCAGAGGAGAAACAGGUACACAAAGGUAAAGUAACUUGCAUGAGGGCAGACAGCUUACUGUCAAGAGUUUGGCCUGGAAUCAGGAAAUCUGCUUCUAGAGUCUUUGUUCUUUGCUGUGCUAUAUGCUGCUCAGAUCACAGGCGCAGUACGUGUAGAUGUUGAUCCAAGUAAUUCUAGCUCUGGCUGGUCCUGGGGCUCUGCCAGAACAUCCUAUCACCAUUCAUUGGGUAAAUAGAGAUCUUGGAUGUUAGGUCAGAAGCAGUGAAAUAUAUAAUUAGCAGUUACUCCUGAUAAUAAAGAACUUGCUUCCUAAGCCAAAAACCACACAAAACAAAAAACAAUCUCUUCCCCUCAGGAAUAUGCUUUCUAAAUUGUGUCCAAAAUCAUACCCACUCUGCUGUAUUGAGAGGGUUAGACUUGUGAACAUGCUAUAGAGGAAAAGCAGUGAUGCUCAGUGAGAAUCCACACCCUGUCCUGCUGGGACUGAAGCCUCCAGCAUCUUUCCCCGUGCCAGGUGAGCGCUGGUCCUUGCACUCUCCUCUUUCCUGGGAGUAGAACUAGCCAAGUGUGCUCCCUCUCUCAUUGCAGACACUUCUCUAUGGUGGGAUCUGGGCUGAGCCUGAACGGCCGAUAAAACUGGUGAGGGUGGUACCAGCUUCUUCAGUGAACUCCCCUCGCCCCUCCACCCUGUUUUUCCCAAGCCUCUCCCCCUCAUUUACAUGGUUGCUCUGUUAGAAUUCAUUUGGCUGCAUAUAAUAUCACUAGGUAUGCAAGAUAGUUUAUUUCAUAUAAAAUACAUUGGGAGGAAGGUAGUCCAGGGCUGAUGUGGCGGUUCCAUGAAAUCAUAAGAGACCAAGGAUCAUUCCAGCUUUCCUCUCUGCCAUCCCUAGUGUGUAACCAUCCUUGUGUUCCAAUGUGGCUGCUGGAAUCCAGCCAUUAUGUCCAUAUUCUAGGCAGCAGGAUGAGGGGUUGGGGGAGAAAGCAACCACUAACCUACUUUCUGUCUAUAGAUUUGCCCUUUCUGGACAUUCACAUAAAUGGAAUCAUAAUAUAUGGUCUUUUGUGUCUAGCUUCAUUCACUUAGCAUAACGUUUUCAAGGUUGAUCCAUGUUGUAGCAUGUGUCAGUACCCCAUUCUUUUUUAUGGCUGAAUAAUAUUGCAUUGUAUGGAUAGACCACGUUUUGUUUAUCCAUUCCUCAGUUGCUGGACAUUUAGAUUGUUUCCACUUUUUGGCUACUGUGAAUAAUGCUGCUAUAAACAUUCAUGUACAAGUUUUUGUGUGGACAUGUUUUUAAUUUUAGACAUAUACCUAAGAGUGGAAGUGCAGGGUCAUAUAGUAACUCAGUUUAACCUUUUGAAGAACUGCCAGACUGUUUUCCAAAGGGGCUGCACCCAUUUUACAUCCCCACCAGCAGUGUCCAAAUAAAUGGUCCAGUUUCUCCACAUCUUUGCCAAUAGGUGUUAUUCUAUCUUAUUAUAACUGUCUCAUUAUGGUUUUAAUUUGCAUUUCCCUGAAAGCUAAUGAUGUGCCUUCAUUUUUCUUCAAUCUUUUUUUCCUCUGUUCUCAGGUGAUUUCUAUCGAUUUCUCUUCAAGUUCACCGAGUCUUUUUUCUGCCAUCUCCAAUCUGC